GUUCGCAGCUUUCUGAUGUGGGCCACUGCCACAUGCAGUAAUUCUUGUUGUUUCAGGUCUGCAAUUACAAGGGUAUUUGGCUUCUGCCUGGUCUGGACAGCAGAAAAGGUGGCUGAUGCUGCAGCUCAUUCCAGACAGGUCUGUAGCUCAGAGAAUAGGAGGGGCUGGCGGCUGCCAGCCUACAUUGGAGGUACCCAGCUGCACUUGGAUCCAGUGGCACACGAGCCUGGUGUGGCACGGCCGGUUCCGAGUGGCUGGUUUGCAGGGAAUUAGCGCUGCUCCUGCUCCCGUGUCCAAUCGCGGCGUGGUGCCGCAGGCGGGCGCUGCCCUGCGCUCCCCCCGGCGCUGUCGCUCGCCGCCGGCUCAGGAGCACCGAGUGCUGCUGAUGUUCGAGCCUGAGAGCCGAGUGCGCUUGCAAUGACUAUGUCAGAACACGCAGGACACUCGGCACAGGGGUCAUCUACCUCAGACCUCAACGUGGCACUGCGUGAAUGUAUGGCAGCUCUGGAUUUAUUUCUUAACAACAAGUUCUCAGAUGCUUUGGCUUCUCUACAGGCAAAAACUAAAGACAGCAUGUAUCAUGCCCUGACCUAUGCCACCAUACUGGAGAUGCAAGCUAUGAUGACAUUUGAUCCUCAGGACAUACUGAAUGCAGGGAACACGAUGAAGGAAGCUCAAGCCACCUGUCAAAGAUUUAGGAAGAAAUCUACUGUAGCUGAUUCUAUCAACAACCUUGUGCAUAGGCAAAGCCUUGAACACUUCACUGAAGAGGAAAUCCAUGCAGAAAUUUGUUAUGCUGAAUGUUUACUUCAGAGAGCAGCACUCACAUUCCUCCAGGAUGAGAAUAUGGUCAGCUUCAUAAAAGGGGGCAUCAAAGUCCGAAACAGUUACCAAACCUACAGGGAGUUGGACAGUCUCAUACAGUCCCCACAUUAUGUCAAAGGAGAGAACCAUCUUCAUUUUGAGGGAGGUGUAAAACUUGGAGUUGGAGCAUUUAAUCUGACAUUGUCCAUGUUUCCUGCACGGAUUCUGAGAUUACUGGAGUUUGUUGGAUUUUCUGGGAAUAAGGAACAUGGUCUGCUGCAGCUUCAAGAGGGAGCAUCAUCAUACAGCUUUAGGUCGGUGCUGUGUACCAUGCUGUUGCUUUGCUAUCAUACUUUCAUGACCUUUGUGUUAGGGACAGGAAAAGGAAAUGUUGAGGAGGCAGAAAAACUACUUAAGCCUUACUUGGCACGCUAUCCAAAGGGAGCCAUAUUCCUGUUUUUUGCAGGCAGGAUAGAAACACUAAAGGGUAAUAUUGAUGCGGCAGUCAAUAGGUACGAGGAGUGCUGUGAAGCUCAGCAGUACUGGAAGCAGUUUCAUCACAUGUGCUACUGGGAGCUGAUGUGGUGCUUCACCUACAAGCGCCAGUGGAAGAUGGCUUUUUUCUACGCAGACCUGCUGAGCAAGGAGAACACUUGGUCAAAGGCUACUUACAUUUACAUGAAAGCUGCUUAUCUCAGUAUGUUUGGACCAGAUGACUGCAGUCCUUUUGGAGACAGCGAAGUUGAAUUAUUUAGGAUUGUUCCCAGCCUGAAACUGAAAAUCGCAGGGAAAUCUCUGCCCACAGAAAAGUUUGCAAUUCGGAAAGCACGACGGUACCUUUCUUCAAACCCCAUUCCUUUGCCUGUCCCACCUUUGGAAAUGAUGUAUAUCUGGAAUGGCUAUGCUGUAAUUGGAAAAUGUCCCAACUUAACAGAAGGCAUGUUAGAGACUUUAAAUGAAGCAGAAGAAGCAUUGGCAAGAAGUUCAGCUACAGAACUACUGGCAGAUGAUCGGUGUGUGAUCAAGCUGUUAAAGGGAUUAUGCUUCAAGCAUUUGGGCAAGAUCUCAGAAGCAGAAGACCACUUUAAUUACAUCUAUUUAAAUGAGAAGAAGAUAAAAUAUGACCAUUAUCUAAUUCCAAAUGCCUUGCUGGAGCUGGCAAUACUGUAUCUGGACCAGGAUAGAAGAGAAGAAGCAAUAAAACUUCUGGAAAAAGCAAAACAAAACUACAAGAAUUACUCCAUGGAAACAAGGACACAUUUCAGAAUUCAAGCUGCCCUGCACCAAGCCAAAUCCGCCCCAGAAAAUGGAAUGCACUGUGGAGCCUCGGCAGUGUCGUAACUUUUUCUUCUUUGAUGUUCUGUUUGUUGCAAACUUUGGUGCAGAAAAUUACUGACACUUUAGAAUUAUUUUUCCUUUUCUUUCAAGUCAGUGAAAAACCAAAUAACUUAAAAUUUCAAAGGCGAUGCAUAAAACAUUAAUCUAGUGUAAUAAUAUGGCAAAAAAUCUCUCAAACCAACCAUAACCCUGAAAAAUAUUGUUUUUUCCAACAGUGGCUUUUUGACACUUACACACACCUACAUCUGUGUAAUUA